AGUCAAGGCUCCUCAGAGCGUCCCUGCGCUUCAAGACUCAAGGCAACAAGAGCUGAUUUAACCCUCGCUGAUGAGGCCAGAUGUCAAUCCCGCAGCCCCUCGCCCUAGUACUGUGUCGUCAAUCGCCUGUGUGACACAGCUCUAACCCUGGAAUUCUCCAAUUUGAAGCUUUGCUCCACGACCCGCCACCUUGCACCUGCCGAUUAACUUCAAGCCGCUCUCCCUCCAAGCUUCCUCCCAUCUCGGCUUCGCGCACGACGCAGCAAAACCGACAAUUUCUCGGCCUACAUCCUUCAGCGUCGAGGCCGCACCGCCGCACCGCUGCACGCCAGCACAUUCGUCUCUAACACGGGCACGAGUUGCAGCAUCGCACGGCCCAAGUCGCAGCCAUGUCUGCUCCGCACGACGGCUACGGCCAGUAUCCGCCUCAACAACAACAGCCCGGCGAGCAGCCUCCGUAUCCCGACCAAAGUUAUGCCGACCAAGCCGCGCCUCCGCCCCCUGGAGCUGGUGCUGCACAUCACGCUCCGGACCAUGGGAAGAAAAAAAAAAGAGCUUAUGCCGCCGGCGCCUUUGAGGUUGCCCAGGGAGGGAAUGCCGCCGUGGGCGGCCAGAUGCAGGGGGGAGGCCAAUUUGGAGCUGUUCCGGCCGCUGUCCCGGGAUAUGGAGGGUAUCCGGCACCAGAACCCCAGCCCGCGCUGUACGGCGCCCAGCCGCAGCCGCAAUACGGCAUGGCCCAGCCGACCGGCCCGGUAGGGGGCUACCAGGCCCCGGAACCGUACUAUCCUUCAGCCGGAGCCCCCCCGGCUCCCGGAGGCGUCGCCGGUCUUGCCGCAGGGGUUUCGGCCAUGAAUCUCGGGCCCGGCACCCCGCAACAGCUGCCGCAACUUCCUCCCCAGCCGCGCCCUGGACCCCUGAACCAGCUCUACCCGACCGACCUCCUUACUCAACCCUUCAACGUCUCCGAGCUGGAUCUCCCCCCGCCGCCGAUCAUCUUGCCUCCGAACACCAGCGUCACUCCGUCACCGGAUGCCAAUUGCCUACCAAAGUACGUGCGGUCCACUCUGAACGCCGUGCCUACGACCCAUUCGCUGCUCAAGAAGAGCAAGCUGCCUUUUGCCCUCAUCAUCCAACCCUACGCGUCUCUUCACGACCUGGACGACCCAGUCCCCGUUGUCCAGGACCAAGUCAUUUCGCGCUGUCGGAGAUGCAGGUCCUACAUCAACCCCUUCGUGACGUUUUUGGACCACGGCCAUCGGUGGCGGUGCAACAUGUGCAACCUUACAAACGACGUUCCCCAGGCUUUCGACUGGGACGCGGCCGCGCAAAAGAGUGUCGACCGGUGGCAGCGCCAUGAGCUGAACCACGCCGUCGUCGAGUUCGUCGCCCCGCAGGAAUACAUGGUGCGACCUCCCCAACCGCUCGUCUACCUCUUCCUGUUUGACGUUAGCUACGCCGCUGUAUCCACCGGUCUCCUUGCCACCAGCGCCCGCACCAUUCUGGAUAGUCUUAACAGGAUACCAAAUGCCGAUCGGCGCACCCGGCUGGGCUUCAUCGCCGUAGAUUCGAGCUUGCACUACUUCUCGAUCCCCAAGGACAGUGACGAGAAUGGCGAGACCAGCAUGCUGGUGGUUAGCGACUUGGACGAACCCUUCCUCCCCGUUCCCCAGGAGCUGCUGGUUCCGCUCACCGAGUGCCGCAACAGCAUUGAGAACUUCCUUACCAAGCUGCCAGACAUGUUUGCCAACAACCAAAGCAACGGGUCCUGCAUGGGUUCCGCUCUCAGGGCUGGCCACAAACUCAUCUCGCCUCUCGGCGGCAAACUCGUGGUCCUCAGCGCCUCCCUGCCCAAUGUAGGCUAUGGAAAACUCGAAAUGCGCGAGGACAAGAAAUUGCUGGGCACUUCCAAGGAGAGCGGCCUGCUCCAGACGGCGAACAGUUUCUACAAGAGCUUCGCAGUCGAGUGCUCCAAGAACCAGGUGUCCAUCGACAUGUUCCUCUUUUCGUCUCAGUACCAGGAUGUGGCGUCGCUGAGCAACCUCCCGAGAUACACGGGCGGUCAGACCUGGUUCUACCCGGGAUGGAAUGCGGGCCGCGCCGAGGACGCCAUCAAGUUCGCGUCCGAGUUCAGCGACUACCUGUCCUCGGAGAUUGGUUUGGAGGCCGUUCUCCGCGUGCGAGCCACCACAGGCCUCCGCAUGAGCACCUUUUACGGCAAUUUCUUCAACCGAAGCUCCGAUUUGUGCGCCUUCCCGGCCUUCCCGCGCGAUCAAUGCUACGUGGUCGAGGUGGCCAUUGACGAGAACAUGACUAAGAACGUGGUAUGCAUGCAGACGGCCGUGCUGCACACGACGUGCAACGGUGAGCGCCGCAUCCGCGUCCUGACGCUCGCCCUGCCGACAACGUCCAACCUCGCCGACGUCUACGCCUCGGCCGACCAAUGCGCCAUCACAACCUACUACAGCCACAAGGCAGUCGAGAGGGCAUUCAGCAACGGCCUGGACUCGGCUAGAGACAUGCUACAGAGCAAGGUCACGGAGCUUUUGCAGACGUUCAGAAAGGAGCUUGCGGGCGGCAGCAUGGGCGGCGGCCUGCAGUUCCCGUCCAACCUCCGCGGCUUGCCAGCCCUGUUCCUGGGUUUGAUCAAGCACGUCGGGCUAAGGAAGUCGGCACAGAUCCCGUCCGAUCUCCGGUCCGCCGCUCUCUGCCUCCUCUCGACGCUACCCCUGCCACUGCUGAUGCAGUACAUCUACCCGCGGCUGUACUCGCUGCACGACAUGCCCGACAACGCGGGCAUCCCGGACCCAGAGACGAGCCAGAUCGUGCUCCCGCCGCCGCUGAACCUGUCAUCGGAGCGCUUCGUGCCGUACGGCCUGUACCUCAUCGACGACGGGCAGACGCAGUUCCUCUGGGUGGGGCGCGACGCGGUCCCGCAGCUGCUCAUUGACGUGUUUGGCGUGGCGGACCGCGCGCAGCUGCAUGUGGGCAAAGGGUCGGUCCCGGAGCUGGACAACGACUUCAACGAGCGCGUCCGCGCCGUCAUACUCAAGAGCCGCGACCACAAGUCCCGCGGCGUUGGGAGCAUCACGGUGCCCCAUCUGUACAUCGUCCGCGAAGACGGCGAGCCCAGCCUGAAGCUAUGGGCCCAGACGCUCCUGGUGGAAGACCGCGCGGACCAGGGGAUGAGUUACCAGCAGUGGAUGGGUAUGCUGAGGGAGAAGGUUGUUCAAUAAUGAUGAAGCUGCGUGGUUAACACACAUUGAAGGAUGUGGAUGGUCUGGUUUCCGUUCUUUUUGAAGUGGGUAGGUAUGCAUGUAGGCGAAUCAAUAGAUUCUUGUCAAACAGAAAACAUGAGAGAAGAGCGAGUUGGUGAAAGUUGUAACUUGUAAGUGCCUAGCAUCGCUGGAAACCG